AUGCGUCGAUUUAAUUCGACGUGGUAUGAAGAUUCAUAUUCUAGGUGGAUGGAGUAUAGUGUGAAGAAAGAUGCUGUGUUUCGUUUGUGUUGCUAUUUAUUCAAAAAUGACUAUAUAAAGGGCAAUGCAGGUGAUUUUUUCACAAAAACCGGCUUUAAGACUUGGAAUCAUAGUUUGAAGCGAUUUCAAUUACAUGUUGGUGAAGUAAAUAACGUCCAUAGAAGAUGUUUCAGUAAUAUGCUAGAUUUUGAGAAUCAAUCUCAAUCAAUUCAAGUUGCUUUGAGCAAGCAAUCUGAAAAAAUAAGAAGUGUGCAUCGUAUUCAUUUAGAGGCUUCAACUACCGUGGCAAAGUUCCUUUUGAAAUUUGGAUUGUCUUUUCGAGGUCACGAUGAAAGAGCAUCCUUUAAGCGUAGAGAUCAACUUCGAGACCAUCAAGCAGAAAUGUUGGAGCAACUCCUAGAAAGUGGUGAAAUUCAAAGUGGAAAAGGAUUAAAUCAACAACAAGGACUUCAAAGGCCAGAGCUUAGUAAUUGUUUUGAUGUUGUGAGUGGUAACUUGCUCCUUGGUAUGGCAAGCUUGAAUCCAGCUAAUGUUCUUGCUAAUUUUGAUAAGGAAAAAAUAAUGAUAUUGGUCAAAUAUUAUCUGGAUGAGUUUGGUGAAUCAAAGCUUCGAGAGCUUAAUUACCAACUUGAUACUUUCAAUAUACACAUGCGACGUGUUGAUCCUAUAUUCUCUAAUUUGAAAGGAAUUGGUGAUUUGGCAGAAGCAUUGGUUAACGCAAAUCUUGUGGUGACUUAUUCUCUUGUGUAUUUACUUGUGAAGUUGACGUUGAUUUUACCAGUCGCUACUGCAACUGUAGAGAGAGCUUUUCCAUGA